AACGCAACUGAUACUUGUUUAUCCAUAAUGGUAGACGAGAAUGUAAACAUUCGAAAUUAAAAAGGGCAGCCUGUGUGGUUUGUUAUGGUGCUGUACAAUAAUAUUCAUAUUGGUGCCUCCGUCGAAAUAAUUAGAAUAACUGGUGAAUUAUGCUCAGGAAAAGUUAAAUGGAAAGGAACCAUCUCUGGUCGAAAAGGAGAUUGGAUUGGUUUAGAGUUAUUUUUGCCUGAGGGACGCCAUGAUGGAAUGGUUCAUAACAGACGAUACUUUCAGUGCAAGCAAAAUCACGGUUUAUUUGUAAAACCUUGCCAAGUAAGAUUUUCAAGAAAAAAUGUGAGCGUUCGUUCACGAGACAAGUACCGACGAUCAGUAGAUUUCACUAACGAUAGUAACUCACUUGGUAUUAAUUGGAAAACUGGAGAUGCGUCUGUCUGCAACUUUAAUAGAUCAGUGGUACUUCCAUCAUCUGCAGUAGACGAAAUAGAAGCGAUACUAUACGAUGAUGGGAUGGGGCAUAAGCGGAGAAACUACCAUCGGCCACAUACAGUUGGUAGCAAACUGAUAGCGGCUAAGUGUGACCAACCGAAAGGAGGCUUAUCUACCCACAUAAACUUACGAAGUACGACAACAGGUUCAAGGAUGUCAGAUCCUAGUUAUCACUAUUUACACAACAGACAGAUAUAAUGAAAACU